AUGCCGGAACCUCUUAGCAUCACUGCGGCUGUUGUAGGCAUUACAGCCACAGCUCUCCAGAGCGUUCAAUUUCUCGCCAAGACCAUCGACAACAUUAAAGACGCCCCAAGAACCGUCAAAUUCAUCAGCGCCGACCUUCGCGCAGUUGAGAGUGUGUUGCAGGAUCUGGAAGUACAAGCCGAUUCACCGCAACCCAUUCAGAGUAAGCAAAUCGGGCCUGCUGUCGAGAACUGUGACAGAGCAUGCAAAGCAUUUCAGUUGCAAGUCGAGCAUUGGAUGAACCGUUCCAAAGACGACAAGAUGUUUUGGGUCUCUCGGUGGAGGGUUGGACUAUUUGGGCAGGAGAGGAUCAAGACAUUCAAAGGGCAGCUUAGCGACUGCAAAAGCACUCUUAGCGUCGCACUGGCUACGGCAACUCUCUUAGCUGUAACUAGCCAAAAGGACCUGGCGAAAGAGCAGAGAGACAGCAUGCUAAGGGUAAACGAAGCAGACCUUGCGCAAGAGCUUAUUAGUGCAGGCAAUGAAGGGGUGGAAAUUGAGCGCAAUCUGCAACAACUCAUAGUUAGAGGAAGCACCGAGCCGGACGAGGAAUCCGAGCAGAGCAAACAGGAGCUUCUCCAAGAGCUUCGGAGACAGCAAGCCGGCAACAAUACCUUCAGAGAGAUGUGUGAGGAAGCCCUUUCCAAAACAGUGUAUGAGCGUACAGGGCAGAAGAUCAAAGGUGUCAAGGCAACAAACAAUAGUUCAGCUGUGACGGGAUUCAUCAACACUUCUGGGGAAGAGUCAAAGAUCGAUCAGGAUAUCUCUGAUGUUACUGCUGAUGGCCACAGCGUGGUCAUUGCUGGGGUCGUGAAGGGCUUCGAUUUCAAGGACUUGCGUCUAGGUAAGCCUGGGGGUUCUUAA